UAUGGAAAUAAUUACAAACACUCUUAGAUAUGAUCCGGCAUCGUCUAAUUUAAAAUAUUGUCAAGACUCAGAUGGAAGUUAUGCCGAUAUUGAUAAUGAAGACACUGGAAUAUCAUACCUUUAUAAACCUCUAGUUGACAUACUUAAAAAUUACACAGUAGAAAAAACUUUUGUGAAGGAUGAUAAGAGAAAUUUUUUUAUCAGAGUCACGAACUCGACCAAGUGUUUAAUAGAAGGCAGCGAUAUUAAUAAGAGUAAAAUUGAAAAGAUAUGCGUCUGCUUAAAGUAUUGGCAUGGUAUUUCAUGUUCAAUACCGGAUACUGUUUGUCAAAGAAGGAAAUAUAUUACAGCUGCAGAGAAAAAUAGAAAAAUUGUCAACGCCUUUCCCUUCAGUGUUGAAUUUGAAUUACUGGACGCCAGAUUUUCUGAAUUGGGUGAUAUUGUUGAUGUGUUUCUUAUCCUAGAGAGUACUUAUACUGCUUAUGGUGAAAAGAAACCUCUAUAUUUAUAUAAUCAGUUAAAAAGAGGAAAGUAUAAGAAAUAUAGGGAGAAAAUUGUUCACGUUUUACUCGAUUAUUUUCCUCAAGAGGGAUAUAAAAAUGGCUGGGCUGUUGAUAACCUCCUCAGGAAUCACUUAGCUAAACAAGGUAUACAAAACCAGCUAAGAAAUCUUGACCAUGAUGACAUUUUCAUGUUGAAUGACGCCGAUGAGCUUCCCACGAGAAGCACCGCACUUUUUCUCAAGGUUAAUAAAGAUUAUCCCGAACCAAUUGGCAUUAAUUUGAGUUGGAGAACUUACGGUUUCUUUUAUAAAGCUGGUAGAGGAAUUACACACGUAAUCACUGCGACAACCAUCGGUUUUUUGACUCAUGUUUUCUCUCUAAAUGGUAUCUGGAUUCGAUCAGCUCCCCAUUAUAUGCAAAAGGAAUCGUCAAAGUUAAACGCUUACCUAGUCAUGAAAAAAAAUGAAGGGUCAAAAAGCCUUAUAGGAGUUUGGAGUUUUGGUAAUAAAAGUCAUCCAAGCGGUUGGCAUUGCUCGUGGUGCGUUUCGUUAGAGCGAAAAAGAGUUAAAUUGGUUUCUGCUCAAAACGGUGACUUUCCAAGAUGGGGAGAUUAUCCGGAAAAGAGAAAUUUAACCUAUAUUAAACGUAUAGUAAGCAAAGGACUAUGGUUUGAUGAUAAGUCCGAGAUGACAGUUGUAUCUAAAAAUUCUUAUUUCUACGCUCCUUGCGGAUUAUUGGACAAUUUUGAAAAAUAUACGCAUAUCUUGAUACGGCCUACUUGA